AUGGUAGCACAUGCUGUUGAUCGAAUUCAUGCUACCAAUGCUACUGUGACAGAUGAAGAAACAGUCAUUCUGUUCAAUGAUGAGGACAUAAAGAAUGGGAUAAAAAAAUGCUCGAAGAGUCUUGUAAGCAGGCUAUUUUCAGAUCGAAAAAUUAGUCCAGAAACUAUUGAGGCAGCUUUAUAUGCGAUCUGGAGCCAACCGAUAGGUUUCAAAGUCAUGGAUCAUGGGAGAAACUUGUUCCAAUUCUUCUUCGACAAUGAAACGGACUUGAUCAGGAUUGAAAGAGGUGCACCUUGGCUUUUCAAAGACUACAUUUUGAAUCUACAAAGGUGGAAUGAGGACUUGGAGAUUAAAGAUGAGGAGUUUGCAACGGUUCCAACCAAUGUUCUGAGAACCGGACCAGAUCGACCGGUUUAA